AUGUCGGAGAGUGGCAGCGGAAGCGGCGGCGCCACCGCAGAAAUUGCGAGAGAUGAACCGUCAUCGUCGUGGAGACUGAAUGUGAAAGAGUUUAAGUUGCCACGUCACCACCACAGUCAUCACCAUCAUCAUCAUGAUGAUCAUGAUCAUGAUCACCGUCCACGUUCCUUCACCUUCAGUGGCCUUGUUGGUAAACCAAAAAAGCAACGCAAGGUUGCAGAAUACUACAAACAACAGGAGAGGCUCCUUGAAGGAUAUAAUGAUAUGGAUACCAUGACUGAAACAGGACUUUUCCCAGGAAGUCUUACCGAGGAUGAAAUGAAGCAAUUAGCAAAAAGUGAGAGACUGGCAGUUAACGUAUCAAAUGCAGUAAACUUGGUGUUAUUUGCAGCCAAAGUGUAUGCUUCAAUUGAGAGUAGAUCAUUAGCAGUGAUUGCGUCCACUUUGGAUUCUCUCUUAGAUCUCUUGUCAGGGUUCAUAUUGUGGUUCACUGCUAAUGCCAUGAAAACACCAAACCAUUAUCACUAUCCAAUUGGAAAGAAAAGGAUGCAACCAGUGGGUAUCAUUGUUUUUGCAUCCGUAAUGGCAACCUUGGGAUUGCAGAUUUUGAUUGAGUCUGGUAGGCAAAUUAUUUCCAAGACAAAGCCAGAAAUGGAUCAUAGUGAAUUGAUGUGGAUGAUUGUGAUCAUGGUAUCUGUGACAAUUGUAAAGUUCAUUUUAAUGGUCUAUUGUCGAAGGUUUACAAACGAAAUUGUUAAAGCCUAUGCACAAGAUCAUUGUUUUGAUGUUAUUACUAAUUCAGUUGGAUUAGCUGCUGCUGUGUUGGCUGUCAAGUUCUAUUGGUGGAUUGAUCCAUUGGGAGCUAUUAUUAUAGCACUGUACACAAUUAUUACAUGGGUGAAGACAGUGAUUGAGAAUGUAUCAUCACUUAUUGGAAGGACAGCACCACCUGAUUUUCUAGCAAAGUUGACAUAUCUAAUAUGGAAUCAUCAUGUAGAAGUUAAACACAUAGAUACUGUGAGAGCAUACACUUUUGGUGCUCACUAUUUUGUUGAAGUAGAUAUUGUGUUGCCAGAAGACAUGCCAUUAAACCAAGCACACAAUAUUGGUGAGACACUUCAAGAGAAGCUUGAGCAACUUCCAGAAGUUGAAAGAGCUUUUGUGCACAUUGAUUUUGAAUUUACUCACAGGCCUGAACACAAGUUGAUGGUGUAA